GAACGUCUGGAUGUCAACAACACGGAGAAUGGCGAGUAAAUACAACAAACACUUUUGAAACUCAUAUCAUAUGCAGAUGAGGAAUCACAAUAACGUGGCUUGAAAAUGUUGACCAAACCACACACUAAAAAGGUGUAUCAAUGAAAAUGCUGUAAGGAUCACAAACGAUAUAGCUGUGAAGUUGCUUCUUCAGUCAUCAUGCCUGAGGUUGUGUUUCAAGGAGUCGCAGUGAGGUUCCCUUUUGAGCCUUAUGAAGUUCAGAAGGCAUAUAUGUCAAAAGUCAUUGAAUGUUUACAACGUGGCGAGAAUGGGAUCCUCGAGUCACCAACUGGUACAGGCAAGACUCUUUGCCUGCUGUGCUCCACCUUAGGUUGGCUUGAGAUUAAGAAGGCUGAAUAUAAAUCUCGUUUACAAAUUUCUGGUAGUCAAGAUGCUUCCGAAUUUGUAUCAUCACUAAGCUCUCAGUUAAAGUCUGCAACAGGACAAGCAUGGGGGGAUAAAAAUGUACCGCCGAAAAUAAUUUAUUCGUCACGGACACAUGCACAGCUGAGUCAAGCCAUAAAUGAAUUGAAACGAACGUCAUACAGCUAUAUGAGGGUUGCAGUACUUGGCUCACGUGACCAGAUGUGUGUUCAUCCGGAAGUUUCUAAAGAACUGAACAACAAUAGCAAGGUGCACAUGUGUCAGCUGAAAGUUAAGGCUAAGACCUGCUAUUUUAAUAAUCAGGUAGAUGCAAAAAAAGGUGAACCAGAGCUCCGUCAAGGAGUGCUGGACCUUGAAGACUUGGUUAAGUUUGGCAAGAAGAAAUCUUUCUGUCCAUAUUACAUGGCACGAGAAAUGAAGCAGGAUGCAGACAUCAUUUUCAUGCCCUAUAAUUACCUACUUGACCCCAAGAGUCGUAAGGCACAUGGUGUUGAACUGCAGGGUAAUAUUGUCAUAUUUGAUGAAGCUCAUAAUGUGGAGAAAGUUUGUGAAGAAGCUGCUUCACUCCAGAUACGAUCAACAGACUUGGCUCUCUGCAUUGACGAAGUUACUCAGGUAAUGAAGAAACUUCAGGACAUCAGUGAAGGAUCAGAUAUUGCAGCUAAUGACUCUAGUCAAGCUUUACCUGAAGAUUUCAAUCCACAUGAUCUUUAUACAUUAAAAGCACUCUUCUUAGAACUUGAAAAGGCUGUAGAUGCUAUAGCACUUUCAUCUGAUGGAUCUGGAUCCACUUUUCCAGGCAGCUUUAUGUUUGAACUUCUAGAGAAGGCAGACAUUACUUACCAUAAGAAAACUAUUAUUCUGGAGAUUUUGGACAAGCUGAUACAGUACUUGACAACAACCAGUGCUUCCCCAUUUCAGCGUAAAGGAGCUGGUCUUCAGAAGUUUUCUGACUUAAUAAAGAUUGUUUUUAGCAAAGAUAAAUUUUCACUUCAACACAUGGAAUUUGUAAAACAGUGCUAUAAGGUUCAUAUCAACACAGAGGAGGUAAAAAAGAAGCCUGGUGGUCGUCAGGAUGUUUGGGGUGCCGCCCCAAAAGCUAAUCCCAUCAAUUCCAAGGUUGGACGACUUAUAUCCUACUGGUGCUUCAACCCUGGGUUUGGAAUGAAAGAUUUUGCAGAGCUUGGAGUCAAGAGUAUAAUACUGACAAGUGGCACUUUAAGUCCACUUGACUCAUUUACAGCUGAGCUUCAGGUACCAUUUCCUAUUCAGUUGGAGAAUCCUCAUAUUAUUAAGCGACACCAAGUUUGGGUUGGUAUUGUAGGCAAGGGACCAGAUGGUUUCAAUUUAAAUUCUUCAUUUCAGAACAGGAGUGAUCCACGGUACAUAAGCUCGUUGGGUCAAACCAUCCUCAAUUUCUCAAGAAUUAUUCCUGAUGGAUUAUUGGUGUUCUUUCCUUCCUACCCAAUAAUGAGGUCAUGUAGGGAUGAAUGGCAGAACUCUGGCAUAUGGAGUAAGAUAUCAGCUGGAAAGCCCAUCUUUGUUGAGCCACAAACAAAGGAAGAGUUUCUUAGUGCUAUGGAGGAAUUCUACCAGAAAAUUAAUGAUCCUUCACUCAAAGGAGCUUGCUUCAUGGCUGUUUGCCGAGGAAAGGUCUCAGAAGGGUUGGAUUUUGCUGAUCGUAAUGGCCGUGCUGUUAUUAUCACAGGACUGCCUUAUCCUCCUUUUAAGGAUCCCCGGGUUGUUUUAAAACGGAAGUAUCUUGAGGAAGUACAAUUAAAAUUCAAACGUGGACUCACAGGUCAUGCCUGGUACCAGCUAGAGGCCUCUCGAGCUGUUAACCAAGCUAUUGGCAGAGUUAUUCGUCACAAGGAUGACUUUGGAGCAAUAAUUUUGUGUGAUAGCCGAUUUUCAGCUGCAAAUUUUAAAGAUCAGCUGUCAACCUGGGUUCGACCUUACAUUAGUAAUUAUAAUGUGUUUGGUCCUGCCAUGAGGGAUAUCAUUCAGUUCUUCAAGAAUGCACAGACAUUGUUGCCACAGCCACAAGCCAAAUGUAAUGGUCAGCCAGCAAUUAGUGUUAAGUACGAGACCGCACAAACUCCAUUGCUGCCUCCUGUGCCUGCUCAAGCCUUUCAAGCAGUACCUUCUCGACAUUUGAUUUCAGACUUGACAAAGAAAAAUAUGGCAGAGGCUAUUGGAAAAGAGCAUGAUUAUAAUAAUAUUUGGUCAAGUAUGAACUAUGGAAAAUCAAAUGAAGCCGAAAAAGUUUCAAAGGGUGACGGCUCCAUAUUUACGGCUUUGGAACAAAAUUCUUCUGUUGUUAAUUUCAAUUCAUGUAAUAGUUCGUCUAAAAAUUUAUCAAACUACGCUACUAUUAAGGUACAGAACAAGAAAAGAAAAAUUAAGCUUGUAUCUAAAAAUGAUAUACCUGAUAUAGAAAACUAUGGUGAAAAGCAAGAAAGUCAAAAUGAUUUUGCACAAAUUUUAAAUCCAUUAAACCAGACUGAUGAUAGUUCUCUAGAUGUGCUUGGGUCAGGGUCAUCAAAUCUAUCACAAGAGAGUAUUACCUGUGGUCAGGCAGAGUUUGUACACCCAGCAGCAUUACUAACCAAGACAACGCUGACGGCGGGGCUGUCGGCUUCCAAGAAGGAAAAUGGAAAGGAUAAGAAGCUAAGCUCAAUCGCUGAAUAUAUAAAAGAAGUAAAAUCAUCAUUAAGCAAAGAGAAGUAUGCCGAUUUCUCUACAGCAGUAAAAAAUUAUCAGAAAAACAAGGAUUAUGAGGGAGUAGUGGGAAUCUUGGUUUCAAUUUUUAUCGACAAUCCUCAACAUCACCGACUCUUCAGAAAGUUUGAACAGUUCCUGAAAAAAGAACAUCGAUCAAUGUUUCAAGAAACCUGCUCUGAAAUGCUGAAGAAAUAACUGCACAGAAAAGCAAUGCAUAAUUAGUACAUUAAAGAUGCUGGGAAAUGAACAGAUCCGUCAAUUUAUAUUGAACCAAAAUUAUAUACAGUAUAGUACUGUACUUUAAAUUAAUUAAGGGGACAGUUUCUGUAUGAUUCCUGGUCACCUUGCACUUUGAAAUAUUAGCACACUAUUUUACAAAUACUGUAUUGAUAAACCAGUCACUUCUUUUUUGUAGGCCAUAAAAUGGUACUUAUCUGACAUUUAAGUUGGGAUGGUUUCAACGUGUGUUGUGCAGUGCAACGACACUAACAGCACAUUGCUGUUACAGUGUAACAGCACUUUAAAGCCUUUGUUCCAAGCUAGUUCAUUUUUCUAGCAGGACCACAUCUUACAUUAUUGGGAUAAGUUAUAAAACUACUGGUUAGGUUAGCUUUUGCCUGAAUGUGACAUAGGUAUAUUUAAUUUUUCCUUCUAUAUAAAAAUGCUGAAACAUUUUUCUAACUUCAUUGAAAUGUUAUUUACAUUCAUUUUGCUCGAACCUUUUUUAUAUUGUAAAUUGUUGCUUAAUAAAUUUGGAAUGUACCUUUUGGCAUGUUUCUAAAUUUCAAGUUGUAUUAUUUUUUUAACUAUGUAGAGGGAGGAAGUAUGUAGGAUAUUUGUAUAGAUGGAUUAUUGUAGAGGGUUUGCCACAUUGAAGUGCUCCCUUAUAACAGGUAUACUGUAUUCUUUUCCCAAGAUGUACACUUUUCUUUUUAGUUUUUAGGUAUUUUCUAAGAUAAAAUACUUGGAUGGGGUUCAGGAAGUUGUUCUACUCUCCAAGCCCGACCCGAGGCCAGACUUACGAGAGCUUGGUCCAACAGGCUGUUGCUUGGAUCAGCCCGUAGUGCCACGUAUCCACCACAGUCUGGUUGGUUCAGCACUUCUUGAAGAAAACUAUCCAGUUUUAUCUUGAAGACGUCCACAUUUGUUUCUGCAAUUUUUAUUUUAAUUGUAUGUGAAUUGUAAAUAAAAAUUAAGGUUUAUAUACUGUAUAUUUUUUUAAGCUACACAUAUUUUGUAACGUAUGUUCAAUUAAAUAUUUAUUAAGUG